AUGGGUGCGAGAUUAUACUACGGGCUGGUUUUUACCGCCCUGUGUACCCUUGUGAGUGUAUACGGUGAUUUCUCCUAUGACUACCCGGACCGUUGGGCCGAAACCGAUCCAGACUGUGGCGGCAUGCGCCAGAGUCCAAUCGACAUCGUGCGCUCGGCGGCAGCGCUGCCACCGCUCGAUCAUGCCGCACCGCUACUGAUCGAGGGCGCUACCCGCAAGCCGGUCUCGAUAAGUGUGACCAACAAUGGCCAUACCGCACAGUACACGUUCGUCUGGAGCAAGGACAGCGAGCGACCUACGCUGGUCGGUGGGCCUCUCCCGUUUGCCGCACCGUACGUUUUAGAGCAGAUGCAUUUUCACUGGGGCGCUGAUAACGGGCGCGGCUCCGAGCACACGUUCGACGGGUACGCGGGUCCGGCCGAGGUACACUUCGUGUUCUACAAGCAGGAGUACGGUACGUUCGAGCAGGCCCUGCUGCACCCGGACGGGUUGGCGGUGGUGGGCGUACUGUACGAGAUCGGUGGGGAUAAGGUUAGGCGGGGUGCUAAGUGGGCGAGGCCACUGCCGAAAAUACGGACCGCCGGGACAACGAUCACGCUCGAGGGUGGCGAAGUGUUUAGUCUCAGUUCGGUGGUGGAUGGCGAUUGGUUGCGGUACUACUCGUACCCGGGGAGCUUGACCACGCCGCCCUGCUCGGAAAGUGUCAUCUGGAUCGUGCGCAACGCGCCCUCACCGAUCGCCCAGAAGGAUCUGGAUGAGUUGAGGAAUUUGCGUGACUCGAACGAUCAACCGCUGGUAGAUAAUUUCCGCCCGGUGCAGCCCUUGAAUGGGCGCACGGUGGUGCGUUACGGAUUUUAA